GAGCUCAAGCAGUCCACUCGCCUGGGCCUCCCAGAGUGCUAGGAUGACAGGCGUGAGCCACCGCGCCUGGCCUGCCUUUUUCAGGGGCCCCUCCCAGCCAGGUGUCAGCAGAGGCGGAGGAGAGCCAUAGAAGGAGGAGGCUGGGCCACCACCCCAGUCCAAGGCUGCUGGCUCCCAGGCCUGGUGUCGGUGGGAGGGACACAGCAACAGGGGCGGGAACAGCCUGCUGCCUGCCGGGAGCCAAAGCGAAAGGAAAGCACUUGGGCUGGAACUAGGAUAAGAGUCGGAACUGAGACUCUGGGAGAGGGAGUGCACAAGCUACCCGGCAGCACUGGGACCCCAGAAGCUGGGAAGGGAUUCUGACCCUUGUCGCUCAGACACGGGGCUGAGUGGGGUCAGGGCUGGGGAGCCUGCCCCCCCUCGGGGGGGCAGGCCCGGGCCUCAGGCCUCGGUGUUGCCUGGCACCUGGAAGAUGCCCGUGCCCUGGUUCUUGCUGUCCUUGGCACUGGGCCGCAGCCCUGUGGUCUUCUCUCUGGAGAGGCUGGUGGAGCCUCAAGACACCGCCUACUGCUCUCCGGGCCUCUCCUGCCACCUCUGGGAUGGCGAUGUGCUUUGCCUGCCUGGAAGCAUCCUGCCCGCCCCAGGCCCUGUGCUGGUGCCCACACACCUGCAGGCGGAGCUGGUGCUCAGGUGCCACCAGGAGACCGACUGCAACGUCUGCGUCCGUGUGGCUGUCCACCUGGCCGUGGGUGGGCACUGGGAAGAGCCCGAAGACGAGGAGAAGUCUGGAGGAGCAGGCGACCAAGAGCCUGAGGAGCCCAGGAAUGCCUCUCUCCAGGCCCAAGUCGUGCUCUCCUUCCAGGCCUACCCUGCCACCCGCUGCGUCCUGCUGGAGGUGCAAGUCCCUGCUGCCCGUGUGCAGCCCGGUCAGUCUGUGGGCUCUGUAGUAUUUGAUUGCUUCGAGGCUGCCCUGGGGGGUGAGAUGCGGAUCUGGUCCUACACUCAGCCCAGGUAUCAGAAGGAACUCAACCUCACCCUGCAGCUGCCCGGCCCCCAGCCCUACUGGAGGCUUUUCUGUGAUCUCUCCCCAGACUGCAGGGGGCUCGAAGUCCGGAACAGCAUCCAGAGCUGCUGGGCCCUGCCCUGGCUCAGUGUGUCUGCGGAGGGUGAAGAUGUCCGCCUCGUGCUGAACGUCUCUGAGGAGCAGCAUUUCGGCCUCUCCCUGUACUGGAGUCAGGUCCAGGGCCCCCCCAAGCCCUGGUGGAACAGAAACCUGACUGGGCCACAGACCAUCACCUUGAACCACACAGACCUGGUUCCCUGCCUCUGUGUUCAGGUGUGGCCCCUGGAGCCAGACUCGGUCAGGACGGACAUGUGCCCCUUCAGGGAAGACCCGCGCGCGCUGCGGAACGCCUGGCGCGCCGCCCGGCUGCGGCUGCUCUCCCCGCGGAGCUGGCGGCUGGACGCGCCGUGCUGGCUGCACGCCGAGGCCGCGCUGUGCUGGCAGGCGCCGGGCGGGGGCCCCUGCCAGCCGUUGGUCCCGCUGCUGCCCUGGGAGAAUGUCACUGUGAACGAGGCCCGCGAAUUCCCGUUGCUAAAAGGCCACCCUAACCUCUGCGUCCAGGUGAGCCACUGGGAGAAGCUGCAGUUGCAAGAGUGCCUGUGGGCUGGUGAGUGGAGCCUGAAGGCGGCUGGGGCAGACUCCCUGGGACCCCUCAAGGAUGACAUGCUGCUGGUGGAGACUCGAGGGCCCCAGGACAGCCGGUCACUCUGUGCUCUGGAACCCAGCGGCUGCACUUCCCUGCCCAGCGGGGCCUCCACGAGAGCAGCUCACCUCGGAGAGCAGUUACUGCUAGACCUGCAGUCAGGCCAGUGUGUGCAGCUGUGGGAUGAUGACGUGGGAGCCCUGUGGGCCUGCCCCAUGCACAAGUACAUCCACAAGCGCUGGGCCCUGGUGUGGCUGGCCUGCCUGCUCUUUGCCGCUGUGCUUUCCCUCCUCCUCCUCCUCAAGAAGGACCAUGUGAAAGGGUGGCUGAGGUUUUUGAAGCAGGACGUCCGCUCGGGGGCCAGCGCCAGGGCCCCCGCGGCUCUGCUCCUCUACUCGGCUGACGACGCGGGCUUCGAGCGCCUGGUGGGGGUCCUGGCGUCGGCGCUGUGCCGGCUGCCGCUGCGCGUGGCCGUGGACCUGUGGAGCCGGCGCGAGCUGAGCGCGCAGGGGGCCCUGGCCUGGUUCCACGCGCAGCGGCUACAGACCCUGCAGGAGGGCGGCGUGGUGGUCCUGCUCUUCUCGCCCGGGGCCGUGGCGAUGUGCAGCGAGUGGCUGCAGGACCUGGCGCUGGCGCCUGGGGCGCACGGCCCGCACGACGCCUUCGCCGCUUCGCUCAGCUGCGUCCUGCCCGACUUCUUGCAGGGCCGGGCGCCGGGCCGCUACGUCGGGGCCUGCUUCGACGGACUGCUGCGACCGGACGCCGUGCCCUCCCUUUUCCGCGCCGUGCCCGUCUUCUCGCUGCCCUCGCAGCUGCCCGACUUCCUGGGGGCUCUGCAGGGGCCCUGCGUCCGCCGGCCCCGGGGGCUAGCGGAGCGCGCGGAGCGGGUGUCCCGGGCCCUCCAGCAAGCCCUGGACAGCUGCGUCCGGGCCCCGGGGCCGGGUCCCCCAGCGGCGGGGGACCAGACUUGAAUAAAGGCAGACGCUAUUUUUCUA